AUGAAAUCAAACUAUGAAUAUAAUUGGAAUCAACAACAAGCUGAUCUUUAUUCAAGUGGAGAUACAUCCUUACAUUCUGUUCAUGGAGAAAUUCAUGCUGGACCUCAUUCAAUACCAGCACAUACUGAUAAUGGAAUAGAUCCUAAUCUAUUAAAUAAUAAUAAUAAAAAUAAUGAUGAUUCAGGUGCAUUUGUUACUGCUGGAACAGCUGGUCAACAAGGAUUUGAUGUUCGUACAUUAGGUUUAAGUGAACAAGAAUUAAAAGCAACAGGUUUACAUCCAUCAUUAACUCAAAAUGGUCGUCAACUUCCAUUAGAUCAAUAUAAAAUAAAUUAUGAUCCAAAUCCAAUUAUUAUUCGUAAACAAAUUCCUGUCGAAAUGCCUACUUAUAAACAACAGGUCAUUGUUCGAUAUCUUCGACCUCCAACACCACCUUCACCAGGUCCAUUGAUUAUAAAAGAAAUUCGAGAACCUCAGCCAGCUGCAGCUCCACCAAUUGUUAUACGUACACGAGCACCUCGAGAAAAAACACCGCCACCAAUAGUUAUUCGAGAAGCUCCACCAAAUCUACCUCACAUUGAUACUAAUCCACAAUAUGUCACACGCGUUGUUCGUAAUAACGAAUCAUCAUAUUCAUCUCCUCCUUUUCGUCAACAACAACAACAACAACCAAGACAAUAUCAACAAUAUCAACAACAACAACAACAACAACAAUAUCAGCAACAAAAACAACAAUAUCAACAACAACAGCAACAGCAAUAUCAACAAUAUCAGCAAUAUCCACAACAAAGACAACAAUAUCAACAACAACAACAACCAUAUCAACAAUAUGGAUCAUUUGACAAUGCUGCAGUCAAUUAUGAUCAAUUUAAUGAUAUUCAAAUUGGAAAUCAAUAUGGUAGUGGACUAAACAAUUUUGGAGGGCAACAACAACCAAAAUGGAUUACAGAAGUUGUAUCAAGUAAUGGAACAACAUCGACAGCUCCACCUCAUAUUUUAGAUGAUGUUUAUCGAGCACUUAACAAUCAAUUACCACGUGUAUAA